AAGCGGACACGCUGCUGUGUGUUGACAGUGGAGCCGGAGAGAGAACCCGUGUGUUUCCUCGUUAAUGACGAACCAACAUGAACCAUCAUGUCCGGUUCUGUGUUCUCCUGCUGGCUCUUCUUCCUCCUCCUGCUGCUGCUGCUGUCUCCAGAAGAGAGAGGAAGAACGUCCUCUUCAUCGUAGCAGAUGACCUGCGGACAUCGCUGGGUUGCUAUGGAGACCCUGUGGUAAAAUCGCCAAACAUUGACCAGUUGGCGUCCAAAAGCCAAGUUUUUCUCAAUGCAUAUGCACAGCAAGCCGUGUGCGCUCCCAGUCGCACGUCCAUGUUGACCAGCCGCAGACCAGACACCACCAGGCUCUACGACUUCAACUCCUACUGGAGAGUCCACUCUGGGAAUUACACCACUCUGCCUCAGUACUUCAAAUCCAGAGGCUACUUCGCUGCGUCUGUGGGCAAGGUUUUUCAUCCAGGAAUCGCCUCUAACUACUCAGAUGACUACCCAUACAGCUGGUCCAUCCCUGCAUACCACCCAGCCUCAUUUCAUUUUGAGAAAAAAAAGAUGUGUAAAGGAGAGGACGGUAAACUCCACGCCAACCUGCUGUGUGCAGUGAAUGUGACGGAGCAGCCUGGGGGAACCCUCCCUGACCUGGAGAGCACGGACGAGGCUGUCGGGUUACUGAAGAGCUGGGCCAACGAUCGUGUUCCCUUCUUCUUAGCCGUGGGAUUUCACAAACCACACAUUCCCUUCAGGAUACCACAGGAGUACCUGAGCCUAUAUCCUUUAGAGGAAAUGACCCUGGCCCCUGACCCCAAUGUCCCAAAACUCCUCCCCCCUGUGGCCUACAACCCAUGGACCGACGUGAGAAGGCGAGACGAUGUCCAAAAACUAAACAUCAGCUUUCCUUACGGGCCAAUUCCCAAAGACUUCCAGCUGCGGCUCCGUCAGCACUACUAUGCUGCUGUGUCCUACAUGGACGCUCAGGUUGGACGGCUGCUCAGUACUCUGGACGAUCUCAGGCUGGCUGACGACACUAUGGUGGUGUUCACCUCAGAUCAUGGUUGGUCAUUAGGAGAACACGGCGAAUGGGCUAAAUACUCUAAUUUCGAUGUGUCGACACGUGUCCCUCUCAUCUUUUACGUCCCUGGUGUCACAACACGCCCGGAUUUGCUGGGAGCGUCUCUUUUCCCCUUUAUUGAUGCCUUAACCAAAUCAGAGUACAGCUUUAAGAAUGACAAAGUUAGAAGAAACGUGGUGGAGUUGGUGGAUGUUUUUCCCACAGUCGCCUACAUGGCCGGCCUCCACGCACCUGCACCUUGUGCUGAUGUUUCUUUCCAGGAGGAGCUGUGCACAGAGGGAGACAACCUGGCCUACACUUUCCGUCGCAGAGAAAGAGGAGAGGACGAGGAAGCGGUAUCUUUUAGCCAGUACCCUCGACCUGCUGAUACACCACAGGUGAACUCAGACCUCCCUGACCUUCAAGACAUCAAGGUCAUGGGUUACUCUAUACGCACCUGGGACUACAGAUACACACUGUGGCUGGGAUUCAACCCGAAAACAUUUCAGGUGAAUGUGACGGACGUCCAUGCUGGGGAGUUGUACAUGUUAGCAGACGACCCCGGGCAGGACAAGAACGUCUACAGUGACACGGCUCACAGUGUGAUCAUGAGGAAGAUGACCAGCCUGCCUCAUACUGUGACUCUGCAGACGAGAAUGAAGCUGCAGCUCCUCUACCUCACAGCAGGGAUGAAGAGGAACAGUGGGAAGGCGUGAUGACGAGAAUAAACUACAGCAGAUGGACGGAUGAGGACAAGUACAAAGGGAAGAUGGAUGGAUGAAAAACUUUGUCUGGAAGGGCGGAAUUCCUCAGAUAAUUCUUUUAACACAACACAUACUUGAUUCUGUAGUCUCUGCUAUCACCAUUAAUCUUUAAAGCUCAGUUCUUCAGGCUCAUGUUCCGUGUUAAGAGCUCGUCAGCGGACAGACCUGGAGUGAAGUGAACAAAAGAGCAUAUUGUUAGUUUCAAGACAUUUCAACCUUUUUGAAGGAGUUUAGCAAAGAAAUCAUUUACAUUUUGACAAAGGGAAACAUCCAAAUGGGAACAGAAACCUUUUCCUCUAACGAAACAGAACCAGUGUGUUCAGUGACUGGCCUCUUCACCCAUGUCUGUAUCUACUAACUUGUGUGGAGGAAAGUUUAAGUGCAAAACCAUACCCGUGAGGAAUCCUUUCCAAUCCGCGUGCACGACCUGCAAGGGACUGUUCAGCAAUUGCGAUACAUUUUUUAAAUAGUAAUCUUCAGACGCGUGAACAGUGCCUCGCUAGCUCUUUCCUCAGGACUAUUGUCUUCAUGCCGAGCUUAUCAUGAGAUAAUGAGGCUCAAAUUUAGUGUUCACAUAUGAAAGAAGUAUAGAUGUAAUGCUGGACGCACAGCCUCCUGAGGGACGGCUCUGAUUGGCCGUGACUUCACUACCUCCUCUGUGAGGAUGAUUACAUCACACUUUACGAGGCUUUUCAUCUGAGGGAAUAUUGAUGAGACCUGAAGAAUUAGAUCUUUUGAUUAAUAGUGACACCAAUUUCCUUUUUUCUGGAUCAAGUGUUCUUCAGCGUAUUGAUCGUUCAGUCAGCAUCAGGUGUCGUCUCCACUUGAAAGCACAACAGCUAAAGAGGGCUUGACUAGUUCUGUACAGUGGUGUGAAACAAAAUGACAUUUCUAUUUGCACUUGACGUCCCUCACAGCUAUUUGCCUCUCUCCUCGUAAACAGUCUGUUCAGAUCAAUUUGUGGACUUGAAAUGAAGUGAGUAAAAGCCAUAAUGAUUCAAUGCAAAUGAAACUGAGCAUUUUACUGCUGCUCCAAUGCGUGAACAUUUUUGUGCUGUGGUAAUUUUAGAAGAGUCAUUUCAGCUUGAAUUUCAGGUUCAGCAGUGAAUCAAAGGGAUUUGGUUUGACGACUUGUAUUGUGGGCCGCACGGUCCUCGUGUUAAUGGGAUACAGUUGAAUCAUGAUAUCAGCGGGGCUCUUAUUAUAUGUGAGGAUGUGGGGGGGGAGAGAUGGGAAUGAAUUGGUUCAUUUUUGCCUUGUUUCCUCUGAUCAGUGAAAAUCAUUCUUGAGAGAAUUUAUUUCUUCCCAGGUUCACCUCUUUGCACGUGUGAGGAUUUUCCAGUGGUUUGCUGUUGUCUCUGUGUCCUGUUACUUUAACAUGUGACAAAAUGGACAUAAUGAGUAAUGUAUACUGACCAUACACGUACCGACAAUGGAAAAAUCAAUUUGUGUGUGGUUGGCGUUUGACCAUGUUUCUGAAGGGAAAAUGAAAAAUAAAUGCUGUAGUAAUAAUAAAGAUGUUGAGCUUGGCAAGAACACAUUAAAAUAUUUGUGUCACUUUCGAUUUGGUUUCUAAAAAAAAUAAAAUGUUUUUCUAUAAUGCAAGCAG